AUGGCGCCCCGGAUACAGAGCCGGAGUGUGUCCAACACUCUUCUUCCCUACCUCACAUCUACCUCCUCUUCAUCUUCAACAACCUCCGUUCCUUCAUUAUUCUCCACCCCAUCACAAUGCCUUUCCCGUCAGUUCUCCGCCACGGCAGCACCACAGACAAAGCUCCGUCGGCAGAUGUUCGAAUGGCUCAGCACCGAGGGAGCCGCUUUGAAGCACCACAUUCCUGGAGAGACCAACUAUCUUACUCGCUUAAAACAGCGAGGAGGUUCCGACGGUCCGGACAGCAGGCGUCCAUUUCCCAACAACCAAAACUUCAUUAGCGAGCCGAUCCUCAGUGAAGAGCUCCGAAAUGAGGUUUAUAACCGCGUUGUGACCAAGGGACAGAGUGUGCGAGUUGUCAGCGUGGACCUUGGGAUUGAUAUGCAGCGCAUUGCAGCUGUGGUGAGAUUAGUGGAACUGGAGCAGAGACAGCGCAAACAGGGUAAACCCUUAGCUCUGCCUUAUGCCCGGGCCAUCCACGAGAUGGUCCCUACCACACCUCUUGCCGAGCAAGGCGAACGCCAACAAUUCCACGAACCCAUCAACGACCUCCCCGCCCACCCCCUGACAGGAACCCAAAUCUUCUACCCCGUGCCCGAAUCUCGCAGCUUCACUCGUGUGGAGGCCGGUCGCGUCUUCUCCGCGGCCCCCGCAAUGGAGCACUCCGAGGCUGGCGCGAUCUCCCACCCCUCCGAUCUCGCCGAAAAGAUCAUCGAGAAUCCCAAUGCCACCGGCUGGGUCGGCAAGGGCGACAACCGACGCCAGAUCCUGCAACCCGCUGAUGUCCGCAUCCCCCACCCCCACCUGGUUUCCCUGGAGCGUGACCGUAUCACAAACCCCAAGGAGCGUCUUGCCGUUGCGGAUGCCCACGCCAAGCGACUGGAGCGCCAGGACGCCGCUGAGAAGAGGCGCCGCGAGCGCGCCGCGGCUCGCCGCGAGCAGAUGCAGACCAUCGUUUCCCCCGAGGAAUCUCGCUUCGACUACCGUAUCAAGGAUACUGUCUACACUGCGGAGACGACCGGCAAGGAUGGCCGUGCUCCGUGGGCUAUUGGCCGUCGCUACGGAGUGCCUCACCGUGACCGUACACGCGGCGAGGUCAAAAUUCCUACGCGUGUGGACGCUUGA